GCACUAUUGUGUGUGCGGAUUCGAAAACAAAUCCAUUCACAAAAGUAGAGAGUACGUUACAAUAAAGAAGCAACAUGCUGCGUAAACGUCAGAUGUUGUCAGUCGAAUAUUGAGUGAUAUGAAAAAGGUUUAUGUGGCCGGUAAAAAAAUAAAAAUUUCAGUGUUUUUAACAUGGCAAUCCAAAGAGAAAAAAAUAUCGUUAUGAGUGAGAUUACGAGUAUUUUUACAUGGACUCGCCAACUUGAGUGCCCACCAACAGCAUACAAUGAUUCGAUGAAAAAAAUAUUGUGCAAGGGAGUACUAGAAUUCCUGUGGGAGGAUAUUUCCAAUUCUACAUUUCCUGUGGCAGAAGCAUGUAAAAUAAGAAAAAAUAUUUUGUUGUAUAAACUGAAGCAUGGAUUGAAUGACUCUGCAAUUACAGCUAUAAAGCAUUUAAACCAACUAAAAUCUAAGAGUAAUACAUUGAAACAGCAGAUAUCUACAUUAGAAGAUGAGUAUGAAGAACAAGAUUAUGUUGUCAGACAAAAAAUGCAACGGUUGAAAGACAUAAAGGACAAGCGUUCAAUGAUCAGUACGAGAAAAGAUUUCCUGAAACUGAAACAUGAUGAAACCAGUAAGCAGUUGAAAGAUUGCGGUGUCAUGAGACAAGUAUGUCAACGUUUAAUGCCAAACACUUCCAAGGAUAUAGGUCAACAAAAAUUGAGAGAGAAUCUGGAUACAAUAGCAGACUUGCGUUCAACUACAAAUAAAAAAAAGCAAGUUUGGGAAAAGAUAUCGAAUUCUCUUGGUAGUAUCGAUAUACACACAUUAUGGACACAUUUGUAUCAAGCAUUGUCACAAGAUUUAGACAAAUUAAUGAAGCUGGAGAUUAAAAAUGAUUCUAACAACUCGACUGUAGCGAGCGAGAAUAUAGAUAUCGGUAUUGCAAGAGCAUGUGGCCAAAAUAUAUGCAUGAUAUCAAAACGUAUAUUGUCUAACGCUAAAGUUAAAAUAUACCAGCAACGUUUAAUGGAAUUCAUAGAAUUAAUUGAGUCGUUAUCCCACGAAGAUAUUAACACGUGGUUAGCUUUAACAUUGGAGGUGAAAAAAUUAGAAGCUGAACAAGUAUAUUUGCAAAACGAAGUACAGGGAUUGAAGAACAAUAUCCAGGACAACUUUUUACUUAAUCACGAUAUAGCUCAGUUAACGACUGAUAUAGAAACAGUUGACGCACAGAUGGACGGAUAUAUAAAGGAUAUUCAGCAGUCUAUAGCCAUUUUCAACUCUGCAGCAUCGCUUAUACUUAAGGCGAAAGAGAAGUUGCAAUAUGAAUUACAAAAGAUAGUGGCGUUACAGUCCGACGAUUAUGAUCCGAAAUGUUUGAAUAACCCGUUGGACAUCGAACUGGAUAUGUUUUAUAAUAAUUUAGAUCUCAAUGCUUUGCGAAAAGUAAUGUUGAAAGGAGAUGUGGGACUAUACAGAUACACAAUUUGUAAUCUCAGUAAAGUCUCCAUUACCACAAUUAAUCCGCAAUUUUCGAGGAUUAAAGCUUACUUCCCGAUGAUACAGAUGCCAAUAUAUUGUCUCAUAGAAUGCUAUAGGAAUGCGAUCGCCAGUAUAAUUUAUACGAAGUUACAUUGUUCCGCAUCAAUCAAAGAUAUUGAUCAAUGCACUGAUAGAUUAGUAUCACGAGAAAAAUGCGAUUAUAAUAGCCUGGAGCUAUUAAGCUUCGGCAAAGUCGUUUGCGACCAGGCACGCGAAGAGAUCGAGCAUUUUAACGCGAUUUUAAGAGCUUGGACAUAUCAAGAAGUACAAGAAGCGAUGGCGCUUGUCGAAACUACUGUAGACAAUGUAUCCUUUAAAGAUUGGUUGCAGCGUUAUAGCUUAUUAUUGUACAUGAUACAAAAUGGUAAAUGAUCAAAAUGUGCAUCCGCCGUUUAUCUACACCUAUGUUAUUAUCACGCGUGUGCAAAGAGUUUUGUAUAAAUAUAACGUAUUUUUAUAUACCGAAUAGAUAAGCUUGUACAAAAAUUUCAGAAAUACGAGAAAAUGCGAUAAAUUGAUAAUAUAAAUCCUUUCAUCAAAAUUAAAUUUUUUGCGAGAUAUAAUUGGUAAAAAUAAUUAAAUAAAAUAAUUUGCAAAUUCUAAUUAUAAUGCGUGACAGAGUAUAAGAGAUAAUGGUACUAUCGAUAUGGAAAAUACACAGGAAUAGUAAAUAGACUUAUAUUUUUCACAAAAAUAUGUCACGUAAUACAUGUAAUGAACCAAUUGUACGAUUAAUUAAUUUUUGUUAUAAUAAAAUGUAGAAAUUCUCCCGA